AUGGAGUGGUUGUCGGCCGAUCCUUGGCCGCACUGUGCUGCAGUCCAGCAGCGACAGGCCUUAGACGGCAGUCAGUUCUUGCAUCUCGAGGCAGCGGAGGCCGUCUCUGCUUUCUGGGAGGAUCCGGCCCCUCCCAAAAAGGACUUCCCACGGACGUUGCAAGGCUUCGAGCAGCUGCUCAGCUUCGUGGCCGAGCGCCUCACCACAAAUUUGCCGCAUCUGCCUUCUGAAGCAGAUGCCCUCGCCGAAGGGAUCGAGCAUCUCGGCUUCGCGCUCUCCUAUUCGGAGGAGAAGGGUACCGGCUUCUUCCGCGUCUUUCAAGAACGGCAGGCCAUGACCCUCCUCGUGCAGCAGGGUCUGCUUGCGCGGCACACCCUCCGCCGGGUCAGGGCGGCUCUCUUCCGCGCAGUGGCGAUGAUCCUUGUAAACGUGAAGGAGGAGUCGUUUCCGCACCUCCUCCACCAGCUGAACCAGCUGGUAAAGGGGCAGCCGGAGAUCCCGGACAAGUCCCAAGACGUUCUGGGCCAAUACAUCGCUGCAUUGAAGCGAAUGGCGCUCCGUCUGACCCCGCAGAAUGUCGACCUUUUCCUGGACGCCACAGCCGGCCCUGAGGUGGCGAGGCUGCCCCUCAUGGAGGAGGCCGUGCGGUACGUUUUCCACGGCUACGACAUGGCCGAGACGGGGUCGAGAGUGGUCUGCCUUUGCCUCCUGCAAGCAAAGAACCCUCGUGUGCAUGGUGCAGCCGUCGAGGUGUUGAGGAGCACAUUGCUGCCGAAGCUGGCCGAAAGGCUGCAUUGCGCUUGGGCGCAAAUGGCAACGGCCAUGCAGAAGGACAAGCCUAGUGCCCUCCAAGCCGCGCUGACGAUGGAGCAGGACGCGCUGGAUUUCGUGAUCGAUCUCUUGUCCCUUGCGCAGCCUGCAGUGACGCAGGCCGUAGCGGAGUUGAUCGUCUGCGGGCCGCUGCUCUCCCAACUGCACGUGCUGGCAGAGCGCCAUAGGUACGUGAACAGACCCAGGAGCAUCUGGGAGAUACUCAUGAUCGAUGUCGAGAACAACGGGCCCGUGCCAUCGCCGGAGCGUAUCGAUGCCCUGCAGGCGGCGGAAGAGGAGAGAGCCUGUGCUGCCGAAGAGGAUCCACCGGACCAGCUAGCUGCCGUUCUGGCUGUCCGCUCACUGGCCAAAUUCUUGGAGAAGAUGCAGACGGAGCGCUUGUCGGGAAUCCUGGUCCCGUUGAUUCAGCUGCUGCUAUGGCCAGAGGUGCCCGCAGCAAUAGCAGAGAGCAAGGAGCUAGCGAACGACAAGACACGGGCAGCGGUUAAGGCUUUGGCCGAACUGUGCACAGCCUGUGGAGUGGAGGAAGCGGCGCUCGCAACCUCCGAGGUGUCUGCACAGCAGCGUUUGUCGGAGAGGCAGAUCUGGCUCCGAGAUUGCACCGGUGCGGAUCUGUUGGGCAAGGAGACGGGAAUCAACAAUCCUUUCCGUGCGGCCGUCCAGGCCAUGCUCCACGACCAGAGCAUGAUAGGCCUUGAGACCACUGAAGGGUCGCGACAGUGCUGCUGGGCGAACAGCAGCGAAAGUUUGGUGCCUUGCUCCGCGGUGGCAUCCUGGAUGCUGCACGCGUGCCGAGCCAUCCACCCCAUGCUGCUGGAGGAUUCUGGGCUGCUGCCGAAGCAGGUGGCGGCCCCGAUGGCGACGAAAACCGGCGCCGUCGAGAAGAAGAGCGCAAAGCGUGAAGGUGGCCCAGCAAGGCCGCAGAAGCGGAGCUUCUGGCAGAGUCUGCGAUGCUUCUGA